UCAGCCUGGAGCUGACGAGCGAACAGAGAGACCAAUUCCUCCCGACUCCCCCAAGAGACAGCCAGCGCCGCCAGGCAGCAGCGGCGACGGUUGACGGCGACGGCGGCAGCAGCACCGGUGCGGCACAAGCGUCGGCGGCAGCACAGAUUGUCAUUGUAUUGUUCAAGACUUGUCUUAUCUGCUGUAGACUGAAACAACUCAGGAUGUCAUUUUAUGCAAGAAGAGGUGGAGAUAGGGGUAGUGAGCGUUUUCAAGGAGGAGGACGAGGUGGAUAUGCCAUGCGUGGGAGAUCAGGGUUUCCUCCUCGAGGACCACUUGGGAUUAACGCUCGACCAUCUGCACGCAUUAUUGCUAAGUCUUUUAGCAGAACCAAAGACAUGACCUGGAGACCUGAUCUAUUUAGUGAUAGUAUGGCGGCUAGUGGAAUCGAAACUGGUACAAAAUUGUACAUUUCAAACUUGGACUAUCGUGUUUCCAAUGAGGAUAUAAAGGAGCUGUUUUCAGAAGUUGGUCAUUUGAAACGCUUUGCUGUUCACUUUGAUGGUUAUGGUCGCCAAAAUGGCACAGCGGAGGUGGUAUUUACAAGGAGGAGUGAUGCAAUUGCUGCAUUGAAACGUUAUAAUAAUGUUCUGCUUGAUGGAAAAUCUAUGAAGAUUGAGGUCAUUGGAAGUGACCUGGGUUUGUCUAUGACACCUCGUAUAAAUGUUGUCGGGGCAUCUAAUGGUAGAGCUACGAGAACGGUUGUUAUGACGCCUGAAACGGGUCGGCGUGGUGGUGGUUCCAGCACUAGGCCUUUGAGUAAUCCUACCACCAGGUUGAAUCGUGGUGCAUUCCAAGCUGGACGUGGUGCUUUCCAAGCGGGACGAGGCGGAGGCAGGGGCUAUGCUCCGUCACAGGCUCAGUUCCAGGGCCGAGGCAGGGGCCGCGGUCAGUUCCGGGGCCGGGGCCGCGGUCGGGGCAGGAAGGGGGCAGAGAAAAGCGCAGAUGACCUGGACAAAGACCUGGAAUCCUAUCAUGCGGAGGCAAUGAAGACCGACUGAUUGCGGCCAAGUCGGUGGCUGUGCUAUCUGUUGGGUGCAAGAUUUAUCUCAUGAUGGAUGGGAUGUAUCAGACUGGGAGCAGAUAACCAUGUAUCUGUCUGCUCUGGUUUCCAAAACCAACUCAGCCUCUUAAUUUGCAAGCUCUUAGAUGUUGUUGCCCUAGAGAUUGUCGUGUAAAGUAGAAGAAACAAACGAGCUAUUGCAUGCCGGCUUUUGCAAAUUUGGCUAGUUUGUGGUCUAGAUGUUGUCUUUGACGUCCCUUUGCGGCGCAGUUGUUCUCUAUUUUGCUGUGGCUGCAAAAUAGGCAGCAUGACGCCGGUUCUUAUUCCGAUCUGUCUUUAGCUGUUCUGCCAUGUCGGUAAGCACCUCUGUACCAAAAUGCAAGGUUUUUUUUUGGUUUUGCAUAUGGCUUAAAAAAUGCCUUACAUUUUA